UCCAACGGUCCCUCGUCUUCUCCGCGUCUCUUCAAUUGAAAAUAAAUGGGAAGUGGUGUUUCACCGCGCGGCACCGUGUGAAAUAGUUUACACUCGGGCAGUCUGUGUCGCUUCCUGGUUCAGCUGGUCACAUAGUGACAGUCAGUGGAGUCAGAAGAAUAUCAGUUCACUCUCGGAAGAAAAGUCAGUGUUUUGAUGGCAGAGUGGAGGGAGUGGGCGGGUCCAAGAUGAGUGCUGACACGCUAUUGGAGGAGACCCUGAUCAAGCGGUCUCAGCAGAAGAGGUUAACGUCACCGCUGAACUACAAGGAGAGAGUGUUCGUCCUCACCAAGACCAAGCUCACAUACUAUGAGUUCAGAGCAGAGAAGAAGUUUAAGAAGGGGUCCAUCGACCUGCAGAAAGUCAGGUGUGUGGAGAUGAAGAAUGCCGGAGUCAUACCCUGUCAGAACAAAUAUCCCUUCCAGGUGGUGUAUGACACAAACACUCUCUACGUCUUUGCUCCCAGCUAUGAGAGUAGGAGGAUCUGGGUCCAAAACAUUAAGGAAGAGAUAAGGUUCAACUCUGUGAUCGUUGCUAAGUUCCAUCCUCAGUUCUGGAUGGAGGGGGUGUGGCUGUGCUGUCGUCAGGCAGAGAAACUGGCCCCGGGCUGUGAGGAGUACAACCUGUUUGGAGACCUUUCGAGGAAACUUCUUCCUCCCAUACCUGGAGAGGAGGGCACAGGAAGGUCUCGUCGGCCGCCCCCUCCCCCUCCCCCCCCUCCCGUACACAGCCCUGACGAUGGUAGUGGUGUCGAGGAGGUUGUGGUAGCUCUGUAUGACUUCUCUGGUCCUGAACCACAUGACCUGACUAUGACCAAAGGAGGAGAAUACGUCAUACUGGAGAAAUGUGACAUCAACUGGUACAAGGCCCGCAACAUAUACGGGAAGGAGGGCUACAUCCCCAGCAACUACGUGACAGAUAAAAAAUUGGGGAACCUGGAACAAUAUGCCUGGUACAGUAAACAUGUCAACCGGAACAAAGCUGAGGAACUACUGCGAACAGAGGAUAAAGAGGGAGGGUUCAUGGUAAGAGACUCCAGUAAGCCAGGCGCCUACACCGUCUCCCUGUACACCAAGUCAGCAGGGGAGGGAGGUGCAGCUAUCAGGCAUUACCACAUCAAGGAGACCUCAGGCUGCCCCAGACAGUUCUACCUGGCUGAGAAACACCUGUUCACCUUGAUACCUGACCUCAUCGAGUACCACAACCACAACGCUGCAGGUCUGGUAGCCAGGUUGAGGUAUCCAGUAGGGAAGGAGAGAUCUGCUCCAUCCACAGCAGGCUUCAGCUACGAGAAGUGGGAGAUCAACCCUUGUGAGCUGACCUUCAUGAAGGAGCUGGGUUGUGGUCAGUUUGGGGUGGUGCGGCUGGGGAAAUGGCGAGCUCAACACAAAGUAGCCAUCAAGGCUAUCAGAGAGGGAGCCAUGUACGAAGAAGACUUCAUAGAGGAAGCCAAGGUUAUGAUGCGUCUCUCCCAUCCUAAGCUGGUGCAGCUCUAUGGAGUGUGUACCCACCAGAAACCCAUCUACAUUGUGACUGAGUUCAUGGGACUGGGGUGUCUGCUCAAUUACGUCAGGCAGCGUCGGGACACCUUCAGCCUGGGGUCCUUACUGAGUAUCUGUCAGGACGUCUCAGAGGGCAUGGAACACCUGGAGGCACACGGCUUCAUACACAGAGACCUGGCAGCGAGGAACUGUCUGGUGAACGAUGCUCUGGUGGUGAAGGUAUCAGAUUUUGGAAUGGCCAGGUAUGUACUAGAUGACCAAUACACUAGUUCAUCGGGAGCUAAGUUCCCAGUCAAGUGGUCUCCUCCUGAAGUCUGUGGUUACUGUGUUUGUGAGGACGGCCUGUUGAUGUGUGUGUGUGUGUCAGGUGUGUUGAUGUGGGAGGUGUUUACAGAGGGGAAGAUGCCAUUUGAACACAACCCUAACCAUGAGGUCGUGAUGAUGGUGUUAGAAGGACAUCGCCUCUACAGACCCAAGAAGGCCACGCCCAACAUCUAUGACAUCAUGCUGCGCUGCUGGCACGAGAGAGCAGAAGAGAGACCAUCGUUUUCUCAGAUCUCCAUCUUGAUCUCCGACGCUCUAGAAGUGGAUGGGUCCUGCUCUGCCUGAACCCACCAAUCAAAUCCUCUCCUCUGCCUGAACCCACCAAUCAGAUCUUCGCCUCCGCCUGAUCCCACCAAUCAAAUCGCAACCACCAGUCGGAUUUCCUCAGAUCCAGUGUUGGAGGACUGCAAACAUUCCACACCGCUCUCUGUACUGAUGGAUCUCUCGUGAUGGACGAUUAUGGUGGAGUUUGUUAGACAGGAAGUUUGCGUCCAAAUACCAUAUACUGUUUCACCACUUCUAUCCUGACAGGAAACUGGACAGUCUUCUCAAAAGGGAUAUGUUUUAUCCCCCCCUCCCCCCUUUUGCCCUCAAUUCUCUGAAUUCUGAGUGUUCUACACAUUAAGAACACAUUCCUAAUAUGGAGUUGCACCUCCCCCUUUUCUCCUCAGAACAGCCUCAAUUCGCUGAAUUCUGAGUGUUCUAAACAUUAAGAACACAUUCCUAAUAUGGAGUUGCACCUCCCCCUUUUCUCCCCAGAACAGCCUCAAUUCACUGAAUUCUGAGUGUUCUAAACAUUAAGAACACCUUCCUAAUAUGGAGUUGCACCUCCCCCUUUUCUCCUCAGAACAGCCUCAAUUCGUCGGGGACUCUACAAGGUGUCGAAAGUGUUCCACAGGGAUGCUGGCCCACGUUGACUCCAACGCUUCCCACGGUUGUGUCAAGUUGGCUGGAUGUCCUUUGGGUGGUGGACCAUUCUGGAUACACACGGGAAACUGUAGAGCAUGAAAAACCCAGCAGCGUUGCAGUUCUUGACACAAACUGGUGCGCCUGGCACCUACUACCGUACCCCGUUCAAAGGCACUUAAACAUUUUGCCUUACCGAUUUAACCUUUGAAUGGCACACACACAAUCCAUGUCUCAAUUAUCUCAAGGCUUUUUAAAAAAUCUUUAUCUCCUCCGCUCCAUCUAUACUGAUUUGAAGUUGAUUUAACAAGUGACAUCAUAGCUUUUCACCUGGUCAGUCUGUGAUAGGAAGAGGUCAUUCAGAUCCAUCCAUCUUCUCAUAUUUCACAUGUCCUCAAAUCCAGCUGCCUUGUACUGUGGACAGACGGGGACGUUUUUAUAUUUAGAAGGUUUUUAAUAGUACUGCAGAAGUUUGAAUGUAAUUACAAUAAAAUGAAUGACAAUA